AUGCCUCGCUUUGGCAGAUUUGGCGGACGCCGCGGCAGUCCAAGCGCCACUGGCGCUCCCACCAGCGACUACGGCUCCCCAGCUCGUCGCUCGAACCCGGCCCUUCGUCCAGCCAUCCUCGCCAACCACUGGCUACAUUGGAUCUCGUCAAUCAUCGUCCUCGGCAUCUCAGCCUACUUCAUCGCACACUACAAUCACAAUACCCACCUCGUCUACUGGGUGACUAUCGCCGCGAUCGAUGCCCUCAUAUACCUGCCAGCACUAUUCCUUCCUGCCCUCGGCUCGUACAAGGGCUACCUGGCCCCUGCGGCUUGGAUUUUCUCCUACCUGUGGCUGACGGCCUUUAUCUUCUCGGCUCAAGACUACAACUUUAAUGCAUUUGGAUGCCCUCGUUCUCCAUCCGGCGUCAACAAGUGCGGUCUGAAGAAGACUCUUGAAGCGUUUGCCUUCCUUGCCUUCUUCACCAACAUCAUUGGACAGAUCCUCGAGGGAUGGCUUUGGGCGAAGCAGCCCUUCAAGAACCGUCGGCGCAAUGCAGGCGUCGAGAAGCAUGGCGUCGGAAGUACCAGCACCGGCGCUACUACUGUGCCUCCCACUACAGGGACCACCGCUGUCUAG